AUGAAGGCCAACGCUACGAAUUUCACACCUCUGACGAGCAGCGAGCUCGCAUCGAUGAUAAAGAGCCACCUGAACCUAUGCAAGGGCGCCGGAGCGUACCAAGAUGCUCUUGAAGAGCUGCUGGCCACUACGGCACAUACGACCCAUAAGAAUUGGCCGGAGACAGCCGAAGCCUCGCAGCAACUUGCCGACAUUAUCGCCGGUCCAGAUGAUUCAGUCUUCCAGGAGGUCUUCAAGCGCGUCCUUACUGGAGGAGGUUGGAAGAAUGCUGUAGCAGCUGCAGCUUCCCGGAAAGGCGAUUCCAAACCGUGGGCGGUGCUGGUCACCGGGCUGAAUGGCAUUCGCAAGACAUCCUCGCUCUACGAGCCCUGGUUUCCGGCAGUCCUUGCUGAGGCCAUUGGCAUUGACAGCAACGACCCGAGCAUUGCAGACCUGCCUUGUGGUGCCAACAGCUUCUUCAGGCAGCUGGACUUCAUCGUCGCAACCUUGGCGAACGAAGACUUCCGCAAGCUCUACACCAUCACAAACGUGGACGAGUACGCGGCCGCGAAGGAGGCGAUCUUCGCUCGUUACCGAAAGGUCUCCGAGAUGGUCGGUCUUCUUCUUGUGAGUGAGGCCAGGAAGAAGAAGGUUAAUGUAAUGGCUGAAACAAGUGGCCGCGACCUUGCCAUGUAUGAAUAUAUAGACUUUGCAUUUCCGGAUGAAUACAACAAGUUGGUCAUCCACUUUGAGAUCAACGAUGUUAACUUUGCAGAGCAGUCCGUCGCAGUUCGGAUGCAGGGCGAGAUGGCGGCCGGAGCCAGUGCCCUUGCACAGCUGGAAGCUGCGGACACCCCAGCGAGCCGGCCCAGAGGUGCUUCGAGGUGUGCAAGCGGCAAGCAACAAGGUUUUCGAAGAGGUUUGGGGCGCCGAUGGGAAGGGUGGCCGUCCAGGCUGGCAAAUGGCGCGUAUCCAGGUCACUGCCCGCAAGGAUGGUGA